CACCCAGAUUAUAAAACGAUUUAGGCAGUGGAACGAGCGCGAGGCAGUGGUCAACCCGAUGACGUAAUGUUUGGGGUGGUGUCUCAUUCUGGGACGUCUGCAUUGCAUCACUGGCACUGGAGUUUAGCUCGAGCAAACAGCACAAACAGAUCUAAGUAUCAAGUGCCCACCGCUCAGGAGCUAAGAGUUCUUUAAAUUUGCAUUAGUGAACUGCAGCUUCCAGCUUCGAGCGGCCAAUAGUGAGUGAAGGGGCGGAGACCCAUCUGGGACAGUCACGCCUCCCGGCGGAAAGCAGGGAAUCCGGCUUGCUUUUUUCUAAGCGACAGUAGCAGCGGCCAAUUGCUCUUGAGAUGCGCUGAUGGGGCAGGUGGACUUGGGCGCAGCCAAUGAGGAUAGGCUUCUUCAAAGGGCCUAGGGCCCUUGCCCAAUGAGGAUAAGAGGACUGUGCGGGGUUAGUUCCGAGCGGCAGUACUUAAGGCCAACCCAGUGCGGGCCUGGGAGGGGCGCAGUACUGAACGACUGAGGUACUGGCCAAUGGCGAGUGUGAAAGCGGACAGCCAAGACCUGGAGCGCGGAGGGAGUCUGAGGGAGGAGGGAGGCCAAACCGGAGAGAAGCAGGAAGUAGCGGCGGCCGCGGGGAGGGCGGCGACGGCGGCAGCGGUGGCCGCUGGAGCAGGGUAAAGACCGCCGGGUUUGGGCCCGCACUAGGAACGGAACAAUUGGUACCCUUUUCCCCAACCCCCACCUUGGUCUGAGCAAUGCCAGCUGCCACCUGCUGGGACUAUCUCCAGUUACAGUCUGAAGGCUGGAAAGAGGUCUGGGAUAUUCCGCUAUGGGGGACAUGAAGACCCCUGAUUUUGAUGACCUCCUUGCUGCCUUUGACAUCCCUGACAUUGAUGCAAAUGAAGCCAUCCAUUCUGGGCCAGAAGAAAAUGAGGGGCCAGGAAGCCCAGACAAGCCAGAAACCAGUGCAGGAGGUGAAUCUGAAGACACAGCAGCAGCAACUGGGGCUGAACCUGAGGUUCCAGCUCAGGCCUCUGACCAUGACUUGCCGCCAUCGGACAUUUCCACGGUCAGCGUUAUUGUCAAGAACACUGUAUGUCCUGAACAGUCUGAGACCCUAUCUGGAGGUUCAGGAGGAGAAGGUGCCCAGGCUGAAGGGGGAACUAAGGAAGGGCCUGUGGGACCUUGCCUGAUGCAAAAUGGAUUUGGGGGCCCUGAGCCAUCCCUCCCAGGAACCCCCCACUCUCCAGCUCCUCCCAGUGGGGGUACUUGGAAAGAAAAAGCCAUGGAAAGCAAAGCUCCCUUGGACCUUUUUGCUCAUUUUGGGCCUGAACCAGGGGAGCACCCAGAUCCCUUGCCUCCUCCUGCACCUUCCCCACCUCCGGAGGGAGCCAUGACCCCACCUCCUUUCCCUUCUCCCUUUGAGCUGGCCUCUGAGAAUGGCCCACCCCUCUUGCCCCCGAGCUCUUCCCCACCCGCUGGGACCUUGAAGCAGGGCAGCUGCAGCCCCCGUCAUCCCCAGGUCUUGGGCCAGCAAGGCUCAGGCUCCAGCUCCGAGGCUGCAGGUGUGCCUGCCAGUGCCUCACCUCCCCAGGUUGCAGGAGUGCCCUUUUUCAAGCAGUCCCCGGGGCACCAGAGCUCUCCUCCUUCCCCUAAAGUGCCCAGCUGUAAGCCCCUGAAGGAAGAAGAUGAGGGGCCAGUGGACAAGUCUCCCCCAAGAAGUCCCCAGAGUCCUUCCAGUGGAGCUGAGGCUGCAGAUGAGGACAGCAAUGAUUCCCCUGCCUCUUCCAGCUCCUCCCGGCCCCUCAAGGUGCGGAUCAAGACCAUUAAAACAUCUUGCGGGAAUAUCACAAGGACUGUAACCCGGGUCCCCUCAGACCCUGAUCCCCCUGCCCCCUUGACUGAGGGGGCCUUCCUGGCUGAGGCCAGCCUCCUGAAGCUGUCCCCUGCAGCCCCAACCCCUGAGGGUCCAAAGGUGGUGAGCGUACAAUUGGGCGAUGGCACAAGGCUAAAAGGCACUGUGCUGCCUGUGGCCACCAUCCAGAAUGCCAGCACUGCUAUGCUGAUGGCGGCUAGUGUGGCCCGCAAAGCUGUGGUUCUGCCUGGGGGAGCUGCCACCAGCCCUAAAACAAUGGCUAAGAAUGUGCUAGGCCUGGUUCCCCAAGCCCUGCCCAAGGCUGAGGGGCGGUCAGGACUGGGGACAGGUGGGCAGAAGGUCAAUGGUGCCUCAGUGGUGAUGGUGCAGCCUUCAAAGCCGGCUAGUGGGCCAGGCACAGCAAGUGGCACUGUGAUCUCACGGACCCAGUCCAGCCUGGUGGAGGCCUUUAACAAGAUUCUCAAUAGCAAGAACCUGCUGCCUGCCUAUAGGCCAAACCUGAGUCCACCAGCUGAGGCUGGACUGGCCCUGCCUCCAACAGGCUACCGCUGUCUUGAAUGUGGGGAUGCCUUCUCGCUGGAGAAGAGCCUGGCACGGCACUAUGACCGUCGGAGCAUGCGUAUUGAGGUUACCUGCAACCAUUGUGCCCGUCGCCUAGUCUUCUUCAACAAGUGCAGCCUACUUCUGCAUGCACGCGAGCACAAGGACAAGGGGCUUGUCAUGCAGUGCUCACAUUUGGUCAUGAGGCCUGUAGCCCUUGAUCAGAUGGUGGGUCAGCCAGAUAUCACGCCUCUGCUACCUGUAGCUGUCCCACCUACUAUUGGACCUCUGGCCUUGCCUGUCUUGGGCAAAAGUGAGGCAGCCAUCACCUCUUCCGCCAUUACUACAAUUGCCACUGAGGCCCCUGUGCUGCCGCUUUCAACAGAGCCGCCUGCUGCCCCUGCCACCUCUGCUUAUACAUGCUUUCGUUGCCUGGAGUGCAAGGAACAGUGCCGGGACAAGGCUGGCAUGGCAGCCCAUUUCCAGCAGCCUGGGCCCCCUGUCCCUGGGGCCGCCAGCAAUGUGUGCCCAUCCUGCCCCAUGAUGCUCCCCAAUCGCUGCAGCUUCAGUGCCCACCAGCGCACGCAUAAGAACCGACCCCCCCACGUCUGUCCUGAGUGUGGGGGCAACUUUCUCCAAGCCAAUUUUCAGACCCAUCUGCGGGAGGCCUGUCUGCAUUUCUCUCGCCGUGUAGGAUACAGGUGUCCUAGCUGCGCAGUGGUGUUUGGGGGUGUGAACUCCAUCAAGUCCCACAUCCAGGCGUCACACUGCGAGGUUUUCCACAAGUGCCCCAUCUGCCCCAUGGCCUUCAAGUCUGCACCCAGCGCCCAUGCCCACCUCUACUCCCAGCAUCCUAGCUUCCUCACGCAGCAAGCCAAGCUGAUCUACAAGUGCGCCAUGUGUGACACAGUCUUCACUCACAAGCCCCUCCUCACCUCACACUUUGACCAGCACUUGCUUCCUCAGCGUGUCAGUGUCUUUAAGUGCCCAUCUUGUCCUCUGCUUUUUGCCCAAAAAAGGACCAUGCUGGAACAUCUCAAGAACACCCAUCAGUCUGGGCGCUUGGGGGAGGAGAUUGCUGGGAAAGGGGCUGGAGGGGCCCUUCUGACUCCCAAGACUGAGCCUGAGGAGCUGGCUGUGUCCAGGGGCGGGGCAGCCCCCGCCACAGAGGAGUCAUCGUCAUCUUCAGAAGAAGAAGAACUGCCAAGCUCCCCUGAGCCCCCCCGCCCAACCAAACGGCCCAGGAGGGAACUGGGGAGCAAAGGCGUCAAGGGUGGGGGUGGCGGGCCUGGGGGCUGGACCUGUGGCCUUUGUCAUUCCUGGUUCCCUGAACGUGAUGAAUAUGUGGCUCACAUGAAGAAGGAACAUGGUAAGUCAGUGAAAAAGUUCCCUUGUCGCCUGUGUGAGCGCUCCUUCUGCUCUGCCCCCAGCCUGAGGCGCCACGUCAGGGUCAAUCACGAGGGAAUCAAGCGAGUUUACCCAUGCAGGUAUUGCACAGAGGGAAAACGCACCUUCAGUAGCCGCCUGAUCCUGGAGAAACAUGUCCAGGUCCGGCAUGGCCUGCAGCUCGGGGACCAGUCCCCUGGCCGAGGGAGUACCCUGGCUCGGGGACCUGGUGCCAGAGCCCAGGGCUCAGGACGGAAACGACGCCAGUCUUCUGACUCGUGCAGUGAGGAGCCUGACAGCACAACACCCCCAGCCAAAUCCCCCAGGGGUGGCCCUGGGUUAGGAGGCCAUGGUCCCCUGCGCUAUCGGAGUGGUGGCUCAGUGGAACAAAGCCUUAUGGUGGGGUUGAGGGUGGAUGGUGGUGCCCAGCAGUGCCUCGACUGUGGCCUGUGCUUUGCCUCCCCUGGCUCCUUGAGCCGACACCGUUUUAUCAGUCACAAGAAGAGACGGGGUGUGGGUAGAGCCAGUGUCCUGGGGCUGGGGGAUGGGGAGGAGGAGGCCCCUCUUCCAUCACGGUCUGACCCAGAGGGUGGAGAUUCACCCCUGCCUGGUUCUGGAGGCCCACUGACCUGUAAGGUCUGUGGUAAGAGCUGUGACAGCCCUCUCAAUCUCAAGACUCAUUUCCGCACACAUGGCAUGGCAUUCAUUAGGGCUCGGCAGGGGGGCAGUGGGGACAACUAGGCUGCAGGCCUAGGACUGACCAGCCACUUCCCUCUUCCCUGGAAGCCUGGGUUUCACUGCUGCUGCCGCCAGGUCCCUGGGCUGGAGAGUUAACUAAUAUACAUUUUGUUCAAUUUCUCUCCUAACCCUCAAGGAGAAAGCUUUUCAGGAUUAUAGUGAUUUACAACCCUCCUUUGGGUUUGGCCCUUGGGCUCUAGUCAAGUGGGCCUUCCAUUCCUCUUUUCUGAACCCAACACUAAUUAUGCUCCUGCUGCACAUCCCCAGUGUGCAACUGUGGGUGGGAGAAUGGGACUUUGGUUAAAUCUGCUAGACAGGCACAGGAAAGGACUAAUGGGGGAAAGGGGCCCUGGACACACCCUCCAUAGUUCCUUCAGGCAGACUAGGAUUUCUUCCUCUGGGCUGGGCCCAUACUAGCAAACCCCACCCCCUGCACACUCCCUGGCACUCCAGCCCCCACCCCUGCAGUGCCUUUCACUUGUCUUUUCCCCCCAGGAAUCCAGAGGGGGUUGGUGGGAUGAGUCCUGUUGGGGGGAGCCCAGGGAGAGGAGGGGACAGGCUCUCAGGAAUCCUUUAUUCUUGUAGUAAUAAUACUAACAGUGGGAGAAACAGGAGGGAGAAAACCAGACCAUUAAAACUGCUUGUGGUUUAAUCCCCAUCCAGGCUUCUCUUUUUA